AUGAAUUAUGAGGAAGCCAGGAGUGCGAGAGAGAAGCACACGGCCGAUGACUCCGAGGGAGGGACCCUGGACAUGUGCUGCAGUGACAGGCUGCCGGGUCCCCCCCAGCCGGUAGUGAUGGAGGCGCUGGACCAGGCCGAAGGGCUCGUGGACGCGCCGAGAGAGAUGCCACCGCCCCCACCACCUCCACCGCCCUCAGAGCCUGCUCAGAAGCCGCCACCUCCCGGCGCCGGGAGCCACUCCCUCACUGUCAGGAGCAGCCUGUGCCUGUUGGCUGCCUCCCAGUUCCUGCUUGCCUGCGGGGUGCUCUGGCUCAGCGGUUAUGGGCCCGUCUGGUCACAGAAUGCCACAGACCUCAUCUCCUCCUUGCUCACACUUCUGGAACAGCUGGGACCCAUGGCCUGGCUGGGUGUUGGGACCUGGGAAGUCCCCAGUCUGCUGCUGGUUACUCUGUCUGUGAUCCUCAUUACCACCCUGGCGUGGCACCUCCUGAGGGCUCCUCCAGAGCCACACACCGCAGUGCCCCCUGAGGAUAGGCGCCAGUCAGUGAGCCGCCAGCCCUCCUUCACCUACUCAGAGUGGAUGGAAGAGAAGGUCGAGGAUGACUUCCUGGACCUGGACCCUGUCCCUGAGACUCCUGUGUUUGACUGCGUGAUGGACAUCAAGCCUGAGGCUGACCCUGCCUCACUGACUGUCAAGUCCAUGGGUCUACAGGAAAGGAGGGGCUCCAACGUCUCCCUGACCCUGGACAUGUGCACGCCAGGCUGCAGUGAGGAGGGCUUUGGCUACCUCAUGUCCCCACGUGAGGAGUCGGCCCGUGAGUAUCUGCUCAGCGCCUCCCGGGUCCUGCAGGCCGAGGAGCUUCACGAGAAGGCCCUGGACCCCUUCCUGCUGCAGGCAGAAUUCUUUGAAAUCCCCAUGAACUUUGUGGAUCCAAAGGAGUAUGACAUCCCUGGGCUGGUACGGAAGAACCGGUACAAAACCAUCCUUCCCAACCCCCACAGCAGAGUGUGUCUGACCUCACCAGACCCUGACGACCCUCUGAGUUCCUACAUCAACGCCAACUACAUCCGGGGCUAUGGUGGGGAGGAGAAGGUGUACAUCGCCACUCAGGGACCCAUCGUCAGCACAGUCGGUGACUUCUGGCGCAUGGUGUGGCAAGAGCACACGCCCAUCAUCGUCAUGAUCACCAACAUCGAGGAGAUGAACGAGAAAUGCACUGAGUACUGGCCGGAGAAGCAGGUGAUGUACGACGGUGUGGAGAUCAUCGUGCAGAAAGUCAUUCAUACUGAGGAUUACCGGCUGCGACUCAUCUCCCUCAGGAGCGGGACCGAAGAGCGAGGCCUGAAGCAUUACUGGUUCACGUCCUGGCCUGACCAGAAGACCCCCGACCGGGCGCCCCCACUCCUGCACCUAGUGCGGGAGGUGGAGGAGGCAGCCCAGCAGGAGGGGCCCCGCUGUGCCCCGAUCAUCGUGCACUGCAGUGCAGGGAUCGGCAGGACGGGCUGCUUCAUCGCCACCAGCAUCUGCUGCCAGCAGCUGCGCCAGGAGGGCGUGGUGGACAUCCUUAAGACCACAUGCCAGCUCCGUCAGGACAGGGGCGGCAUGAUCCAGACAUGCGAGCAAUACCAGUUUGUGCACCAUGUCAUGAGCCUCUACGAGAAGCAGCUGUCCCGCCAGCCCCCAGAGUGA